UUGUGUGUGUUAGUUUGUGGAGGCUGUCCGGUUCAGUCUGGUUGUUUUAUUUGUUUGCUCGCUUCUAUAAAAUGAGCUUCUGACAGCAGCCGGGCUGCGGGCGCCGCCGGCUCCUCCUGACCGGAAAAUGAAGCGUCUCUGUCGGAGGCUGGCGGUGGCCGUGGCGGUGCUGGUGUGGCUGGGGGCGCUGGUUUACCUGCUGGUGCUGAGCCGGAGGAGGCUGCCGGAGCUCGGUACCGGAGCAGGAGCAGGGGGCGGAGGAGGAGGAGUAGCAGGAGGCGGAGAGACAGCCUACAAACAGAUCUCAGAUGCAGAGUGGGAGGACUUGUUGGAGGGUUUUGAUGAGCGUGGUUACCUGAGUGCUCGACGCUGGAAGCCCGGCGAUGACCCGUACACCCUGUAUGCCUUCAACCAGAGAGAGAGUGAACGCAUCCCCAGCAACCGAGCCCUGAGAGACACACGACACUACAGGUGCACCACUCUUCAUUAUGACUCUGAUCUUUCUCCAACAUCCAUCAUCAUCACCUUCCACAAUGAGGCCAGAUCCACCCUUCUGCGCACCAUCAGGAGUGUUUUGAACAGAACUCCAGUUCAUCUCAUCCACGAGAUCAUUCUGGUGGAUGACUUCAGCGACGACGAAAGUGACUGUCAGCUUCUCACCAAACUGCCCAAAGUCAAAUGUUUUCGCAACAACAAGAGAGAAGGUCUGAUCAGAUCCAGAGUUCGAGGGGCCGAUGCUGCGAGGGCCGGGGUCCUCACCUUCCUGGACAGCCACUGUGAGGUCAACAAGGACUGGCUGCCUCCGCUGCUGCAGAGGAUCAAACAGGACCCAACCUGUGUGGUCAGCCCAGUCAUCGACAUCAUUAACAUGGACACUUUUGCCUACGUGGCGGCCUCCGCUGAUCUCCGUGGAGGUUUUGAUUGGAGUCUCCAUUUCAAGUGGGAGCAACUGUCACCUGAACAGAGAGCCAGUCGGACAGACCCGACCCAGCCAAUCAAGACUCCCAUCAUUGCCGGCGGCCUCUUUGUAAUUGACAGAUCCUGGUUCAAUCACCUUGGCAAAUACGACACCGCUAUGGACAUCUGGGGUGGGGAGAACUUUGAGAUCUCAUUCCGGGUGUGGCAGUGUGGUGGCAGUCUGGAAAUCUUGCCCUGCAGCAGAGUGGGUCAUGUCUUUAGGAAGAAACACCCGUAUGUAUUCCCUGAGGGUAAUGCCAACACGUACAUCAAGAACACACGUCGCACAGCUGAGGUGUGGAUGGACGACUUCCGUCUCUUUUACUACUCUGCUCGCCCAGCAGCACGCGGGAAAUCCUACGGAGACAUCCGAGGCAGAGUGGAACUCCGCAAGAAGCUCAAGUGCAAAUCCUUUAAGUGGUACUUGGACAAUGUCUACCCAGAGCUCAAGGUCCCAGAUGACUCUGACUCUCAGUCUGGGGUGAUCAGACAGCGGCAGAACUGCCUGGAGUCUCGCAAGCUAGAGGGCCAGGAGCUGCCCGUCCUCACACUGGCUCCCUGCAUAGGAAAAGAGGGGGUCCCUGCUCCCAACCAGGAGUGGGUGUACACUCAUGGGCAACAGAUCCGACAGCAGCAGCACUGUCUGUCUCUGUCCACCACCUUCCCUGCCUCCCAGGUCCUGCUGAUGCCCUGCAACAUGGCUGAUGGCAAGCAGCGGUGGCAGAAGUCGGGGACUCACCUGGAACACCUCGUCUCUCGGUUCUGUCUGGACUCGGAGAUGGCUCUAGACGGGAUGGACUCCUCUCGAAUGCUCGUCAUUAGCCCCUGCGAACUGAGUGCGUACACACAGAGAUGGGAAGUCCCCUUCUCCUGACCCCUAACCCCGUCCCUGUGACCUUUCAGCCUCCACGAACCCCGCCACCCAUUCACAGCCUCAAAGACCUGCACAGUGAGCUGCUCUGACAGAGUGAAGAUGCAUGAGCACGUCAUGUCAAGGUGCUGUAGCUGGAUGGAACGUUUUUUAAGACUUUUUGACGCCUCUUCACUGUUUAUCAUGAAUAAGAAUAAAUCAAGUGCGGAUCUGUUGGGUCUAAAAUCCUGGUUUACUGAAGAUCUGUGCUGGAUCAGAACAUUGCUAAAGGAAGAGACACAUCAGAAAUGUCUGGUUUACUUAUCUGGAGGUUGAAGUGUGUAUGUAUGUAUGCAGCUGUUGAGAAGUUUUGAGAGGAGUGAAACCAAGUGCACCUUAAAAUCCCCAAACUUUUAAAGACUCCAGUUGGACAGAAAAAAUAUUGGAGAAUGUGAUCGGAAUUGUAAUCUUUUGCAAUGAAAGUGUCUGUUUCAAAGGAUGUUUAUGAAUAUGGGAAUUAAAACCAAGCACAACUCGAGUUUUUAGUUUACUUGGUCGAAUACCUGUCACUGUCUUUGCUGCAGUAGGAGCAUCUAGAUAAAACUGUCAAAUUAAGAAUCCAUUCUUCCUGGGACCUCAUCGGGAACUCACCAGCGAGCACAGUGACCAUAUGACUUAAUUUAAAGCACACUGUCAUCUUUUUUUUUUUCUUUUUUCAACCGAGUUGACUAAACACUGACCUGUCCCACCAAGCAGGAGUACUAAAGUUGAAAAAAAAAAAAGCUUUUCUAAAUUUAUAUAUCAAAAUUUAUGAUGACUUAUGGUGUAUUCCCACUGAACGUGAAGCAAAUUUUCAGCACAAAUACAACCACUGAAGUGUUUUUUGGAGUGUUUUGCAACAGCAGUGCCAACAGUUGCGCUAACUAACCGAGGCAGGCAGCUAAUGGCUCCCUUGGUUGUAAAAGUACAACCAAUAGCUGGAGUCAAGUGAUGUAAACACGGUAAACAUGGAGGCCCUGUGCUCUGGACCAGUGUGAACCAAGAUGACAACACCCUUUAUUUUUCAUACCAUCACAGCAGCAUAAUACUGCUUCUCUCCUCCUAUUAUUUACCUGCCACAAUAAAAGGCCAACUUAAAGCAUUUUGCUAAAGAAAACUACUGAACAAAAAAGCGUACACAAGUAACAAUUACAUAUUUUCAGAACUUACCAUGUAGUCCUGUGGCCUCCCGCACUAAUCUCUUAGCCCUCUCCUUAUUUCUUCUGUCUCUGGAGAGUACCGACAUUGAGUCAUGGAAGUCCAGUUUCCCACAGUCAACAACAAGACGUUUUUCCCCCGUAUCUGAUUCUCAGUAGCAUCAGGAGUAUCUCAACUGGAUCUUAAUGCUGAUAGGUAAUUGGGUAGAUAGCUCUAUUGCAGGAAUACGCAAAUAGAGCCAAUUUUGUGUCUUUGUGUCAUUCGCACCAACCAGCGCGAAUUUUGGCUAUAUAAUUUUAUUUGCGUUGAGUUUGUAUGCAAUAUUGCCAUGUGAAACGCUAGCUUUGCGUUUGGUGUGGACACAUAAUUAGUGAUCUUGCUUUGUGAGACAAACUUUUAGAUUGCUUUGUACCAAAAGAAGAAGUAAAAGGGUGACCAAAAGAUCCAACAAUGGUAUAUUUAGAUGGAGUUUUCACUCAUUUCUAUUUGGGAGUGUCUCUAAUGCUCUUAAAGUUCUAGUCUGUGGCCGGAGAAGUUUUACUUUCCUGAAGUAUGCAAAGAGGUGGAUGAGAAAUUUGUUGUUUAUAUGACCAUAAUUUCCACCGUAGAACUUUUGCAUGCUGCAGCUUCCUUGACCGGGUCAGCAGAUUUGAUCGCAGAAGAAGAAAGGAGGAGCAUGGAGACAAAGAAGGGCACCACCGAGAAGGAAAGCCCCAAAAAGAUACAUAAAAGCCGGAUUUAAGGACAAUCUAUCAGGCCGGGUCUGAGCUCCCUGUGCAAAGACAGAUGUUGACUUUGAAACCGAAGAAUUAGCAGAAAAACACAGACAGAAAAGGGCUACAGGUGUACAUAGACAAACGGGCACAAUGAAAAGUAAGAUUAAAAGUAACAGUAAGUAACAGUAACAGCAUGUCUGCAGCACAUCUCAUACUGUCUAAUGUUUUGGGGGUCGAUCAGCAGAUUUCAGCGUUUCCUGUGGCCUCAAGGAUGCAGCUGCUUCACAUCACACGCACCCCGUGAAGUACUGCUGUGCAUGGGGGAAUUUUUCUUUGCCACGUCAAAUUUAUCAAAAUGGGGAGGAAGCUUUACUAUUUCAUUUAGUCCCCUUAAAUGCCUUAGUUUUGAGGAUUUACAAAAGUUAUUAAGGGUUUGUUUUUCAAGAAGAAUGUUGAAAAUUUCAGAAUCUGGAUGAUCAGUGGGAGCAACCAAACCUUUGGUUUUCAUUUCUGAGCCCGCUGACAGGACACGGGGCCGUUGUUGAUGGACAAACUGCAGCUGCUGUGGAGGUCAAACCUGUGACCCUGCAGUCAUGUGACAGGCUUCUUUCAAAUUCCAACAGAGUCAAAACACAACUCGAGUUAACCACAGACCUACAAAUUUUGCAAAUCACUCUUUCAAAUGAUGGAUUGCUAAUUUUGGAGACAAACGAGUCACCACUUCUCUGUGUUUGACAUCAUCCACUGAACCAUUUUGAUAUCCUGUUUGACUCCUAAAUAAAGGUUUUAUAAUGGCUAUUUCUAUUUUACUGAGAUGACUGUGGUGUUUACAUGCAGGUACUGAAGGCUGACGCUGAUACAGGUUUUACAGACCCUAACGUGUUAUAUAACCCCACCUUUAUCAUGUUAAUCAAACAUCGCUGUUUAAGUAAAAAAGAUUCUACAUACAGGAGCACUACUGCCAUUACAACCACCAUUAUUACUGAUACUACAAAACUAGUACUUCUUUACUACUUUAUU